AUUUUGAAAAGCAUAAGGAAACGUCAUCGUUAAACGAUACCGGAAGCUUGACGUCUGUAUAUCACACACUGGCGGAGAAACGUGGAGUUAAAUUAUGGAGCCGCAGACGGUCCACGUCAACGACCCCACGACGGAGACCCAACGUUAAACCCGAACCAUGUCGAGCCGAACCGGGUCCGCGGCGCUGGCGCUGCUGGCCGCCCUGUGGAGCGACUCGCUUCUGUUCGGGGCCGCGGGGCCGCGAUGCGACGACGGGAAGCUCUCCUUGGAAAGGGACCUGGCUGCUGCUCACUGGGACUGUCCGGGCUCCAUAUGGCCGGAGUCCUCCACUCGGAGACUGGCCAGCGUUGACACUGCGUACGACCCGGUGCCGGCCAGGAAGAUCUGCAUGAAUGAAUCCAUCUCCUACACUCACGCCAUCCCCAACAGUGGAGCGUACAGACCAGUGGGGGCCGAGAGCGGCGAGUACUUGUACUGUCCUCCUCAGCGGUGGCUCAACAACCUGCACCGCGGAGCGACCGUGCUGCUCUACCAUCCCUGCGCUCCUCUGCAAGAGCGUCUGCUGCUGUCGGUGCUGGCCCGGUCCUGCCUGUCGCACUACGUCGUGACCUCGCACCCCCACCUCGAGGAGCACAUGCCGAUAGCCCUGGUGUCGUGGGGCCGCACCUUGGAGCUGUCCACCGCGGCUUCUUCGGACAUCUGCGGUUGGCUGGAGACCACGGCGUCCGGCAGAAGACGGCCCGUUGACGAGGGCCAGAGCCGCGGCUACGACCUGCUGCUGACCCGGUCGGCCGAGCGCCGGCGUGCAAAUCCAGAGGGGAGCUCGGCCAACGUGACGGAGUCUCUGAGGCGAUGCUUUAAGCGGAUCAUGUCCUCUCCUCUGAAAGGAGGGAUGGAGACAGAGCGGCAGUCCAGCAGAGCGAGUGCAAGCUUCAGGCAAAUGAAGGAGGACGGCAAGCGCAGGUUUUUAAGAGCCGCCGCGGAAGAAAUACAGGAGAAACGCGGGGAGGAGAACCAGAGAGAAGACGCAAAGGCAAACCAGACCAGAAGAAGCCCCAUCAGCAGGACAGGGCCCGCCCACAACAACAACUCGACACCUGGAGCAUCUGCAGAUCCUGCAGGUUCUACCGCAGCUCCCUUUCAGUCCAAGACACGAAACACCAAUCGGAGCCUCACAGCCGGGCCCAGAACCUCUGACGGGUCGCCUCAACCGGCAGCGCAGCAGCUUGAAGCCCACCCGAACCCCCCUGCUGGGCUGGAUGCUCUUGCAGGGGGUGUGAACAGGGAACAACACAGGACUGCCAGGCCUGAAGGCCUGAAGGUCGUCAGCUCCAAAGCGGGUCAAGUCCAACGGAGCGACGGCGUCGCCGCCGCGGACAGAAUGGAGGAUGAGGAAGUAGUAAGUGUUAGAGAGAGAGAGUUGGCAAAAACACACAGCGACGCACACUCUCAUCACAGAAGUGAAACAACUGAUUCCACCUCUGAACCUCAGCGGCAGCAGCCGCAACGCCGGCAGAACCCGGCGCCGAGGACCCUCAGGACGGACGAGGCGGUGUGGGCGGCAGCAGCGCUGGGCUUCCUGCUCGUCCUCCUGGCCCUGUCGGUGCUCCACACGCGCCUGUACCGCCACUGGAGGACCAUGCCCAGCCUCUACUGGCGCGACCCGCAGCAGGACUACGACAGCGUGGCGGAUGUGAUCCGCAGGAGGCUGCCGGCGGGCAGCAAGAGGCGGAAACGGGGCAGAAGACCGGAGUGUGUUCUUCUGCCCAGCUCCUCGAGCUCAGAUGAACAUUGUUGAAGGAAGGAAGGAAGGAAGGAAGGAAGGAAGCGGCCCGAAGACGAGCUGCCGGUCCUCCUCCACUCACUCCUAGACAAUCCAUCUGUGGAGUGUACUUAGCUUACAGCGGCUUUUCUUCACCUCUGGUGGGAAUCCGAGCGCCAUCUAGUGGGAUGCAACGGUACUGGGGGGGAAAAGCACAUUAUAAAGCUAUUUUUAAAUCUAUAAAUGUCUUUGUAUGAGCUCAACAUUUCCCAAAAGGAAGGGAGUCUUAUUUCCUCAAACAAUCAAAGGGAUGUUUUUUUUUUAUGUUAACGUGUCACUUUGCAAAGUGGUGACCUAAAUAUGUACAGACAGGGGCCACAUGGUACAAUAAAAACAGAUCCUCCGGUUUUUAAAUGCUCGUAUUGUAACUACGUCUUUUCUGUGAGCUUGCUGAUGGAAAUAAAAGCUGUGAAAUAGUA